AUGAACGACGAAUUGCAAAGAUGCUUAUCCUCUCAGAACAAACAAGGAUUCUUAUCUGAGAUGGAAAACAGAAUAAAACAAAUUUCUAGUGAAAAAAUAACAGAUGCGGCAAAGCAUAACAGUGAUGUUGACGCUUUGAUGGUAAUUCUUCAACAAGGUCAAAAUCUUUUACCAAGAUUUACUUUUCAGCUAUAUGUUCAUCAGUUAGAAAACUCCAAAGUCAAAAUUGCUGUUGCAAAGCCAGUGUUCAAAUUUUCUAGAAAGGCUACCCAGCAAAAGCAGCAAAAUACAACUACAAUUGAUAAUGACAUAAUAAAUGAUAUCCAAACAUGGCAAAUGAAAGGCGAAAAGAAUGUUUCUAAAGAAGUUUCAUCUGAUGAAACAAGAGUUGGUCUUACAGAGCUCGAAAAUUGCACUGUAAAGAUCGUUGGUUCUCCAAUGGCAUGCUGUUUUACAAACUUAAAGGAUACAACAGUCAUUGCUCUCAACAUUGGAGGAUCUAUUCAUAUAACUAAGUGCACAAACUGCAAAUUCUUACUUGGAUGCAAGCAAUUGCGUAUACACGAAACAUAUGAUACUGAUUUCUAUGUUGAAAUGAUGUCUGGACCAAUUAUUGAAGAUUGUGAUAGAGUUCGUUUUGCUCCUUAUGGAUCUCAGCCAGGUCCAUGGAACGAUGUUAAGGACUUUAAGUGGCUUAAAUCUGAGAAAUCACCACAUUGGACAACAAUUCCUGAAAAUGAACAAUCAGUUCCACAGUAUGUUACUAAAGCUUAA